UUUGUUCAUUUGCUUUCGUUGUGUGUAGUUCUUUGCAUUUUAGCUCAAGAAUUAAAAUAAAUACAGUGAUUUUCUAACAAAAUACCACACAAUUAAAAUGCAAUAAUUAAUAAAUUAUCAAGCAGCAUUAAGACAAUAUUAAUAAGUUGCCAAUGAAAGUAAUAUAAACAAAAGAUUCGCCAAAGAAAUCGUUUAAAAUAAAAACACAAAAAGGAAAGUGCUUGCAAGAGAAGAAAAAAGGCACUACUAGUGACUGAAACGAAAAGAAUUUUAACAUCUAAAAGAAAGUUUAUUUGAAUAAAAAUACUUUGUUUAAAGUAAUUAAAGUUAUACCAAUAUUUAUCAAACAUGGUUGGGCGAGAAAUAACUCCUACCGAAAUCGGCAAACACUCUAAAUUAAUAAAAAAUGCCCAAGAGGAAAUGGCCACCAUAGAUGUUUUAGUGUGUGGUCGCUGUUUAACAGUUUUCCACUUUGUGGAGGAGUUUAAACAACAUAAACUAAAGCCCUGCUACAAGGAAAACAAUAAUGUACGUGAAUGUAAUGAUACAAAACCCAAAAUUUGGGCCUUUUUACUAUGGAAGGCUACCCAGUUGAAUAAUAACAAAGACAACAAUGUAUCAAGUCCAAAUUCGUGGGCUCUAUAUCAGACAUGGGUUAAAAUGGAGGAAACUUUAAGAGAGACCUGGAUAGUAGCUGGUCGUACCAUACAGUCAUUUGCUAAAGUAUCACAAGGAAAUCUACAAGAAAUGCCUGUAAAAAUAACAAAAACUGUGGUGAAUAACUCUGCCGAUGGAGCAUCUCCAGGCAGAAAACCAUUAGCUCAAACUAAACCACAAGUAGCAAAUUUAAAACCUCCUAAUAAAAUUAUACCAUCCAGUAAUAAUUCCACAGCCGAUUCGGAAAAUGAAACAUCACCUAUGAAAUCUCCUUUAUCCAGUAAUGCCACUCAAAAGAUUACCAAAAAGCCCAUAACAGCGCCUCAACUACCAACCAGCAAACCUUUAGCAGCUACCACAACACCAGCAGCAGCAAAUACACCAGCUAAACCUUUAACACGUCGUGCCAAACGCUCCAUACCCAACAGCGAGGAAGUGGUUGAAGAAAAUGUGGAAAAAAUUGUGGCCAAACGUUUUAAUCCACGACGACGUAUGCAUGAAUAUUUGGUUAAAUGGGAAAAUCGCAGUUUGGAACAAAAUACUUGGGAACCCGCAUCUCACUUAGAAAAUGUUCCUCAUCUUUUGGAAACCUUUGAAAAACAGUUGGCCCGCCAAAAGGAAACUCGUGCUGCUUUGCAGGCCAAACAACAGGCCGCAGCAGCCGCUGCUAAUGCACCCAAACCUUUAGAAGUCAAUAAGACUUUAGAAACCGAAGCCAAUAAGCCACAAUUGGCAUCUCCCUCCGAAAGACCACAACGCUCAUCAAAAACCAAGGCUAUGGAUCAAGUUAAACAGUGGGUGGCCGGUACCAACAGUUCGGCGGCAAAUUCCCCCAGUUCCGAGUUAACUCAGCACCAGGAAAAUGAAAAAGAUUGGCCUAUGAACACCAGCACAGGUUCGAAUCGUCCAGCGGGCGGCAUUAAACGUAAACUAGAUGACUCGGAUUAUAAUGAUUCAAAUGCAAGUGAUGUGCCACCCUCCACCACCAAUACCAUGGAAGAUUUUGAAGAAAACCUAAUACCGCUUAAUACUCUAAAGAAAAUGAAAUAUGGCAAUGCUGUAUCGGUAGAAGUUAAAACGAAAAUCGAUAAUAAUAAACAAAUCAAAGUUAAUGGCUCGGCCUCUGGACGCACUGAAGGCCUACCAAAUUCAGCUGAGGUAAUUAUAACACAAGAUUCAAAUGCGUCUGGUGUUGUAAAGAAACCAGGAUUUAACGGCAGUACUAUGAACCUAAAAUCUGAAGCUCAAAUACGUGUUUUAUCCAAAGGUGAAGCUGCUGUUUCAAAUUCGGGUAUAGUGCGCGUAGGUUCGGUCACCGAAAGCAGUGAUACACUCUCUCCAACCCCAAUAACACAGCCAGCUAUAGCUGCCGUAGUGGCAGAACCCAAACCACAAAUUCAAACAAGAACACAACAUGUUCGCACUAUUAGUACACCGGCUGGCGGACGUGCAACACCCACUCAGGCCGGUCGACAAGUGGUGCAGCAACAAAUCGUACGUACACCCAGUGGUACAACCAUUCAACGCAAAACUGUGCCAGUGGGUGCCUCAACACCAGUUCAACGUUCUGGUAUGCCAUCGCGCACUGUAACCCAAACAUCACCGUCAUCGGGACGCAUGAUUAUACCGCGUCAGGGUGCCUCCAACGUGGCCAGCAACAACCAACGAGUUGCUCAACAAAGCAAAGCAGUUACACCGGAACAAAAAAUCUUGCAGCUAUCCAAGUCGGGCGACCUAAAGGUUACCAAGAAGGUUAUGACUCGGGAUGAUGUUGUAGCCCAACGGCAACAACAUCAGCAGCAACAACAGCAACGACAGAGGCAACAGUCCCAAGUACAUAUACAAAAGGUGCAACAGCUAACAGGUCCAGCUCAACGCAGCAGUGCGCCCAUAGCUCAAAGAAAACAAUCGCAGCAACAUGUACAGCAACAAAUAGUGCAGCAACAGGAGGAAGAGCCACAACAUCAAGCCCAAUUGUGUCCAAUUACCGGCAAUAUAAUCGGCCAAGAAGAUCAGCAGCAACAACAAAGUGGUGGCGUUUUGCAAACACAAUUGGUAACAGAACAUCAUCAGCAGCAACAGCAGCUACACAAUUUACUGCAUCAAGAGCAGCAGCAGCAACAACAACAACAACAACAGCAGCAGCAGCAACAACAAUUACAUGAUAUCGAUCCUAACCUGUUGCUCACCCAAGAUCAAAUGCUUACCAACGAAGAUGGCACACCUCUACUGGUAACCGGCGAAGAUGGCACCGUCUAUCAAGUUGCUGGCAAAAAUGCCGAAGGUCAAACAAUACUCGUAACACAGGGACCCGAUGGUGAACAACAAUUCGCUUACGUGGCAGCUGCUGAAGGUGAAAAUGAAAAUCAAGUACUUACGCUCGACAAUGCUGUAGCCGAAGCGGUAGCCCAAUUACCAGCCGAACAACAAGCUGAAGCUCUGGCAGCGGCAGCGGGUGACGGCAGUGGUGGUCAGUAUUUGGUUAAGACCACACAAGAAGAUGGCACCACUCAAGUGGUGACCAUGACAGAAGCUGAACUAGCCCAGCACCAGGCAUUGGCUGCAGCCCAACAACAGCAGCAGCAGCAACAAAUUGCAGUGCAAGCAGCCAAUGCUCAGCCCGGAGCCACCAGUCAAUUGUGCAUACAAACGGGUGAUGGAUCCGAUGGCCAAGAGGCGAAUAUACCCGCAGAAGUUGUACAGGCCGAUUUACCAUCGCCGGGUGGUACCCGUCGCGUUGUUCUAUUAUUGCAAGAUGGUACAUUUAUGAUGACAGAGAUGCAUGAUGAUGAAUUUAAGGCUCUGAAUAUUGCGGCUUAGGCUAUUAAUUAAUGUGUGUAAACGAAUUUUUUCCUCCAAUUCACAAAACAAAUUAAAA